AUGCGCUGUCCUUUCCAAUUGGAUGUAUAUUGUAGUCGUGGCAGGACUCCUCUUAUGGUCGCUGCCUACAACCAAUCCCUUCCUGUACUUACCUUGCUGUUGGACGCUGGUGCGGAUGUCAAUUUGCCGUUGGCGAUCCUGGAUUCAGAAACUUGCGAAGAAGCUCGAUGUAUUGGUUCUGGUGCUUUGGUAGAGGCAACUCGGUCCGACGCAGUUCAUAUCGUGCAUUUUCUUCACGAUCGAGGAGCACUCGACACCGAUAAUCGAGCAUUACGUCUUGCUGCUAAGGUUUGA